AAACCCACAUGCCCGUUUGUUCUCACAACGUCUUCCUUUAGUGACUACAGAGAUAAAGUAAUUUCUUUUAUAUAUUUUAGACAUUUUUUUUUUUGGCUAUUCUGAAUUGUAAAAUUUCAAGCAACUUGAUCGGAUACAAUGAAGUACAUCAUUGGAAUUGGGGGUGUGACUAAUGGUGGUAAAACCACCCUGACGAACAGGUUAAUAAAAGCUUUACCAAACUGCUGUGUGGUCCACCAGGAUGACUUUUUCAAGUCACCGGAUCAGAUAGCGGUUGGAGUGGACGGCUUUAAACAGUGGGAUGUGAUCACAGCUCUGGAUAUGGAGGCCAUAGUGAACACAGUCAAGGGCUGGGUUGAGAACCCAGUGAAGUUUGCCCGCUCUCAUGGCAUCCAGGUGAUGCCGGCCACGGAAAUGGACGACACUGAGAGCCAAAUGCACACACUGAUUGUAGAAGGAUUUCUACUGUACAACUACAAGCCUUUGGUGGAUUUCUUUGACAAAUCUUAUUACAUAACUAUCCCAUACGAGGAGUGCAAGAGGAGGAGAAGUACGAGGCAGUACACUGUUCCCGACCCACCGGGGCUCUUCGAUGGUCACGUGUGGCCCAUGUACCUGAAACACAGACUUGAGAUGGAGAACUGCGGUUUGCCAAUUGAAUACCUGAACGGGUUGAAAUCAAAAGAUGAAAUCUACAAUCAGGUCUAUGAAGAUGUCCACAACACACUCCUGAAUCGUUUAUAGCAGGAGCAGGCUGCCUCCAAGUGUCCAUGUACAUAAUUGUAAAUACGAAUCUUUGAGGCCUUUUUUUACUUGUAAUUGUUUUGUAAAUAGUAUGAUGAAAUUGUAAUUUAAGUCCUUGUGGAGGAACUUUUUAGUGCUGUUUUAUGGACUGCGUCCAGAUUUUAAGUUUAUUCCUUUUGUGACCCUUUCAAAGCACUCCUUUGUGAAGUCAUCUUGGAAACGGUGUUUACCACAAAAAAACGAAGGAAUUUCCAGAGUUUGUUUCUACUUGUACCAAUAAAUAUGUGCUUUGACUUCUUUA